AUGAUGCGAGACAUUCAACGGCGCGUGGAGUGGAUACUGGUCAGUGGAAGAUGGACUCGAGUGUCGGUUAGUAGGUUCUUGAAAAUUGGCAAAAAAACAAAUUUUCAGGUUAUGGGUACUAAUCUAUCCGAAGAAAGCCUUCGGAAAGAUAACAUGGGCGAAAACGAUAACCGAAUCGUUAUAUUAAUGGUCCCAGGUAAAAUUUUCUGCUAGAGAUACGAAUCUACAUAUAGAAAAAAUAAAUAUUCAUUUGAAAUUUUUCAGGAAAUCCCGGAAACGAAGGCUUUUAUGCAGAUUUCGGAAAACGUGUCCUGAGCUGCUUGUUGUCGCGUGAAGAGCGUCUUGGCAAAAGGAAACUCCAGUUUCUUUUCUACACGGUUUCCCAUCUGAAUCACGUCGUGCUGCCGACUGAGCUUCACCAUUCUGGGAAGCAUCGCUGUGACGGUAAGAAGACCGUCGUCUGAGAGGAUUGUGAAGUGUUGGAUUGUAGAGAGAUUCACUCUGGAUGAGCAAGUUCAACACAAACUCGACUUCGUCAAGGAGUUUUUGCCGCGCGGACACCGAGUCUACAUGCUCGGACACAGUAUCGGUUCAUACAUGCUCUUGAGGUGUCUUUUCAAUUGAGUCAAGUAUUAAAUAGAAAAUUUCCGACGACUUUCGAAAAUAUUGACUACAUUGAGAAAUAGUAUAUACAUGUGUACAGUGAUGGGAACCAAACAUUUUUCAAAUAAAUACGUCCAAAAUCUUCAUUCACAGUAAAUGUUUCAUACACUAUUUUGGGUAAUUGUGAUUUCAAAUAAAACAAGGAAAAAUUCAAAAUUAGGGUUUUUCAAUGAAUAUUUCUGUUUGAAAAUCCUUUUUUUCCUAAAUACUUAGUUUGCAAUUUUUGAAUGAUCAUUCAAUAAAAGUUGAUAGAAGAAUCAUAGAAGCGAAUUUUUUUUGGUAUUGAUUUCUGAACUUUAAUGAAAAUAUGUCAAUAAAUAAAUUUUGUUCCAGAAUUCUGCCCUACAUCAAAGAAGACUUCAAUUUGAAAAAAGCGGUUUGUUUGUACCCCACAAUUGAAAAAAUGGCAGAAACGCCAAAUGGAAUUCGCCUCCGAAAAGUUCUUGCAGUGAGUUUUUUAAUUUAUUGUUUUCAAACUGUAAAGAGUUUGCAGACCCUGAACGCCAAUGAUUGGUUGGCCAAAAGCCUGACUUUUUGGCUAGACUUUCUUCCGUCGACGGCAAAAAAGUGGCUCGUCAGCUGGAACCUCACGGGAGAAGGCGUAAGUCCAUUUUUUUUUCUUUUCAAGGACCACGCAAGUCUUCAGGUCCCCGCAGACGUUAUCUCCUCAGCAUCGGAGUUGCUCAAUAUGAAUGUUUUUAGAAACAUUGUUCAUAUGUCAAACGACGAGUUGGAUCAGGUGAUUAGAAUAUUUGAAACAUAAUUAAGACCAUUAUCAUAUUCAUUCUUCUUUCUCAUACAAAGUAAUUUUUAGGUGACUGAACUCGACGAAACUUUGUUGUUCCAUAAAGAGUCCAUUUUCUUUUAUUACGGGAUUCGCGAUGGCUGGUGUCCUUUGGAACUCGGUGAAUUAAAAGUUGAAAAAAGUUGGAACUGAUUUUUUUAAGGGGAAAAAAUGUCGGCCAGAAUGGCAAGGGGCCACGUUAUUGUAGACACUCACAAUUGCGAACAUGCUUUCGUUAUCCGCGACGGAAAAGUGAUGGCCGAGGAAAUGCUUCAGUUCAUUGUCUAA